UUCCGACGACGCGUUAGAAAAAACUGAGAGAAGAAAAUGAAAAACCAAAACCUGACAUAUUCACCGAUUCACUUCAAUUCAUAGAUCUGACGUUUGAAUUGAAUUUGAACUAACAGUAGGGUUCUACAAAGAUAAGUUGAUUGGUUCCUUCACGUAGUGCCCUAGGGUUUUGGUUCCUUUAUUUUUUUUGAGAAUGGCGAGGGUUUACGAUAAUUGGGAGAGGCUGGUGCGAGCUACGCUGCGGAGGGAGCAGCUCCGGCAGACCGGUCCUGGACACGCGAGGAAACCUAGUGGCAUCGCAGGUUCCGUUCCCGAUUCUCUUCAGCGGACUACCAACAUUAAUGCGAUUCUUCAAGCUGCUGAUGAGAUACAGGAUGAAGACCCCAAUGUGGCCAGAAUUUUAUGUGAGCAGGCAUAUUCAAUGGCACAAAGUUUGGAUCCCAACAGCGAUGGUCGAGGCGUUCUUCAGUUUAAAACUGGAUUAAUGUCGGUUAUUAAGCAAAAACUUGCCAAGAAGGAAGGGGCUAGGAUAGACCGUAAUCGUGACAUUGAACGCUUAUGGGAUUUUUAUCAGCAAUACAAAAGGCGGCACAAAGUUGAUGAUAUUCAAAGAGAGGAGCAAAAAUGGCGUGAAUCAGGAGCAGUUAGUGCUAAUUUAGGAGAGUUGGGACUUAGAUUUUCAGAAAUGAGAAAGGUAUUCGCUACCUUGAGGGCUGUGGUUGAAGUGAUGGAGUCUCUGAGCAAAGAUGCCGCUCCUGAUGGUGUGGGAAGGCUUAUUAUAGAGGAGUUGAGAAGGAUCAAGAAAUCUGAUGCAACUUUAUCGGGGGAACUUGCACCUUACAAUAUUGUUCCUCUAGAGGCACCAUCAUUGACAAAUGCUAUUGGUUUUUUCCCAGAGGUUCGGGGUGCCAUAUCAGCACUGAAGUACACUGAGCAGUUCCCUCAGCUACCCGCUGAUUUUGAGAUUCCUGGACAACGGGAUAUGGAUAUGUUUGAUCUUCUAGAAUACGUCUUUGGCUUUCAGAAAGACAAUAUAAGUAACCAGCGCGAAAAUGUCAUCCUCAUUGUUGCAAAUGCCCAGUCACGACUUGGGAUACCUGUUGAGCCUGAUCCAAAAAUAGAUGAGAAGGUCAUCACUGAGGUUUUUCUGAAGGUUUUGGAUAAUUACAUCAAGUGGUGUAGAUACUUGCGCAUUCGGCUUGUGUGGAAUAAAUUAGAAGCCAUUAACAGGGACAGGAAGCUUUUUCUUGUUUCACUCUACUUCUGCAUAUGGGGUGAAGCUGCAAAUGUCCGUUUUCUUCCCGAAUGCAUCUGCUAUAUAUUCCAUCAUAUGGCUAGAGAACUAGAUGCAAUUUUGGACCAUGGAGAAGCCAGUCCUGCCGCGAGUUGUGUGGGCGAGAACCAGUCUGUGUCCUUUCUGGAACAAAUUAUUCGUCCUAUAUACGAUACGAUAGUAGCUGAAGCUGCGAGAAACAAUAAUGGGAAAGCUGCACACUCAAAGUGGCGGAAUUAUGAUGACUUUAAUGAAUAUUUCUGGUCACCUGCUUGCUUUGAGUUGGGUUGGCCUCUUAAGAAGGAUUCCUCAUUCUUGCGGAAGCCAGCUAAGAAAGGCAAAAGGACUGGAAAAAGCACAUUUGUUGAGCAUCGGACAUUCCUUCACUUGUACCGGAGUUUUCAUCGUUUGUGGAUCUUUUUGGUUGUCAUGUUUCAGGCAUUGACAAUCAUAGCCUUCAGCCAUAAUAAAAUCAAUCUGGACACUUUCAAGAAACUGCUUAGUGUUGCCCCGACAUUUGCUGCUAUGAAUUUCAUAGAGAGUUGCUUAGAUGUGCUCCUUAUGUUUGGGGCCUACAGUACCGCAAGAGGCAUGGCUAUAUCAAGGAUUGUUAUCAGGUUUUUCUGGACUGGCGUGAGCUCGGCAUUUGCGAUAUAUGUCUAUCUGAAACUUUUAGAAGAAAGGAAUACAAACAAAGACCCCUUUUAUUUUCGCCUUUAUAUCCUGGUUCUGGGUGUUUAUGCUGGCAUACGAAUUGUUUUUGCGCUCCUGACAAAGUUACCUGCCUGUCACACACUAUCAGAAAUGUCUGAUCAAUCUUUCUUCCAAUUUUUUAAGUGGAUCUAUCAGAGAACAAUAAUGUAUUGACAAUUGUUAGCUUGUGGGCUCCUGUUAUAGCUAUUUAUCUCAUGGAUAUUCACAUAUGGUACACUUUAUUAUCUGCUAUUGUUGGCGGUGUAAUGGGAGCGCGGGCUCGCUUAGGGGAGAUACGCUCAAUUGAGAUGGUGCAUAAACGUUUUGAGAGCUUUCCUGAAGCGUUUGUCAAGAACCUUGUGUCACCUCAGACAAAAAGGAUACCUAUUGACAGCCAAUCAUCACAGACCUCUCAAGAUAACAACAAAACAGAUGCAGCUCUCUUUUCACCAUUUUGGAAUGAGAUUAUCAAAAGUUUGCGUGAAGAGGAUUACGUCAGUAACAGGGAGAUGGAUUUACUUUCAAUGCCGAGUAACACGGGAAGUCUACGACUUGUACAAUGGCCUCUGUUUCUCCUUUGCAGUAAGAUCUUGUUGGCUAUUGAUUUGGCUUUGGAUUGCAAAGAUACACAAGGAGAUCUUUGGACCAGAAUAUGCAGGGAUGAGUACAUGGCCUAUGCUGUCCAGGAGUGCUAUUACAGUAUUGAAAAGAUCUUAUACUCUCUGGUUGAUGGAGAGGGAAGACUUUGGGUUGAAAGAAUAUAUCGAGAGGUCAACAGUAGCAUAAUGGAGGGUUCACUAGUCAUAACCUUAUCACUGAAGAAACUUCCAGUUGUGCUAUCAAGAUUUACAGCAUUGACUGGACUUUUGAUUCGCAAUGAAACUCCUGAACUUUCAAAGGGUGCUGCCAAAGCUAUGUAUGAUCUGUAUGAGGUUGUUACCCAUGAUCUGUUGUCAUCUGAUUUAAGGGAGCAGCUUGAUACUUGGAAUAUAUUGGCUAGGGCAAGGAAUGAGGGGCGACUCUUUUCUAGGGUGGAGUGGCCUAGAGAUCCUGAAAUUAAGGAGCAGGUGAAAAGGCUGCAUUUACUUCUUACUGUGAAGGAUUCGGCUGCUAACAUUCCUAAGAAUCUCGAAGCAAGAAGAAGAUUGGAGUUCUUUACAAAUUCUUUGUUUAUGGACAUGCCACCAGCAAAGCCAGUUAGUGAGAUGAUGCCAUUCUGUGUCUUCACCCCUUACUAUAGUGAGACAGUACUAUAUAGUUCCUCUGAUCUGCGAGUGGAAAAUGAAGAUGGCAUAUCCACACUGUUCUAUCUUCAGAAAAUAUUUCCAGCUGUUGAGACUUUCUUGUUGGUAGAUCUGCUUCCUCUUGGCUUUUAA